GGUUAGUUCGUGCGUUCAUUAUUAACGAUCAUGUCCAUUUCCACUUGGAUAACGUUAGUGCACGUUACUGGUGCUGGAAUAGAAAGUCAUUAAAAUCAGUAAUAACUUUAUUAAAGGCUUUAUGCAGAGUACUUUCUCAUUUCCGAUGACAAUACUGCCUUUAAUAGCACCAUGCUCCAACUAGGUUUCACAUUAAGGACCUUUCUUUGUUUUUUUUCUUUUUUACAUUAACUUUUCACUAUCUUUUUUGUCGUCUAAUACUGAAAACGGUAUUUUUUAUUUCAGAUACAGGAUUAAACAGGUGCACUAAGGAUGCCGUCUUUUUUCUUAUGUUUUAUGUUGAUUCUAGUGAACACAUUCAGUGAAGGAAUACAGCUUUCAAAAAUUGAAGAGCCGGACAAAGACAUUUUUCAGCCUAACAUAUUGAUCAACUAUGUAUACUAUCCGAUUUCGGCGACAUGGAAUGAGGCCCGGACAGUAUGUCAAAGUCUAGGCGGAGAUCUAGCAAAGAUUAAUUCAGGAACAUUUGUGGACAUAAUUGCUAACAUUGCAUUUGAAAAUUACCAAACAGACAUCUUUUCAAAAGAAUAUUGGAUCGGGCUUGUAGAAAUGACAGAGGACAAUCAUUUCUGGGUAUCGGAUUGCUCACCUCUGAAUUUUGGCGAAAACUUCCCGUCUAACUGGAAAGACAAUGAGCUGUGUUUCCGGAUGAGAAAAGAUCACACUGGGGAGAGAAAGAACUGCAACACAAAUCAGGGGUUUUUAUGUCAGGUAGAAACAGACGUUCCAUGUUCAUACAUUUCUCGACUAGACAGUCAGUUUCUGUCAAUGAGCACUAAUAGCUCGGACUGUAAGUCAGAAUGUUCAGGUAACGUUGAUUGUUGGGCCACCGUCGAGAAGUUUCCAGAUACAUGUAUCAUGUUGGCCACGAUGGAUCUUGGACAAGGAAUUUUUCAGAUGUUCAGCAAAUUUUGUUUGAAUGUGACACUAAACACGGCGAUGCCGGUAAUUGCUGAGAACAACAGUUAUAUACCUGGACAUAACUGCUCUAAUUUAGGAUAUACACCAGUUACCGUGCCAACACCAAGUAGCACGGUGGUACCAUCUUCAUCCGUGGUGGUUGUACCAACUUCUUCAACUCUUUGCCCGCCUUUAGUCGUUUAUUCAAGUAUUUCUUCUAUUUGUUUAACAGAAACAAGUAUAAUAACGUCUUUAGUUACAGAACAUUUUUCUGUCCCUUUCAAUGUUACACAGACCGUCAAUGUGACACACAAUGUAUAUAACACUGAGUAUUUUAAUAUCACUCUAACAAACACAGAGUUUUUAAAUAUUACUCAAACUGUGUAUUCAACGAAUUCAUUUACUGACACCUACACGGAAACAAUUCAUUCAACUUCAACAGAAUUUUAUACAGUUACACUCACAGUGUCAUCAUUUGAACAAAAUAACUUUACCACGGAGCAAGCGGAAGUCAUCGCCAAGGAGUUCGUGAAAAAUCUAACAGUUAACUCUAAAUCAACUGGAGCUCAUAUGCGGAAGUUGACAAGUGCAGACGACAGGAGAGCGUCGGUUAAGUAUAUGGGUACCGUCGGUAUAAUUGCUGUUGUUAUUCCAUUGACUAUUUUACUUUUACCAGAUUUGAAAAAUGUGUUCAUGCAUAUUCGUUCGCAUCGUUCUAUUUAUAGCCGUAGACAGUUAUAACAACACACUUUCUUGGAUAAAAAGUUUUCAUGGGUGCAUUGAAAUGAAAAAAUAAGUGUCUGGAUGGAUGUAAAAAUGAUUCUAAACGUCAUUUCUGGGAACUUGCUGUAAAUGAGAAGUGACAAACACAUAAUUAUGCUAAUAAGCCACUCGUUUGAAAUAUGUCUUUCGGACAAAAGCAUUAUUAUUAUAAAAGAAAACUUGUUUUAUAGAUAUUAAUCUUCAAAAAGGGUGAUGUAAAUAUUGCAGGAAAUUGUCGAGCAAUUUCAUUGAUACCAGUUCUCGAAAAAAUUUACUUACAAAUUUUACUGAACAGACUUACCAUAUGGUUUAUUAAGUAUGACAAAUUAAUUUAAAAGUCAGUUUAGGGUUAAGAAAGGCAAUUCUAUUAUUGAUUGUAUUUUCAAAUCAGCAUUCGGUUAGAAAUAAAGUGAUAAAUGCUGUUGGUAAAAUAUACUACUGCUUUGUCGAUUACGAGAGAAGAAUUAAUAGAAACUUUGUUUAUCACAAACCUCUUACACAAAAUGCUCAUUGUAAGAUGGUGAAGGCAUUAAAAGCAAUGUAUUCCACAGUUAGAUCAUGUGUAAGAUACAUGUGUAUAACAAUUUAUACUCGGGACUAAUUUUAUUCACAUGUCGGUUUGAAACAGGGUGACUCGUUAUCGUCGUUACUGUUCAUGUUUUUCUUGAAUGACUUGAUGAAUAAUGUCAAUUCAGACAUAGAUGACAUCUUAAGUAAAAUCAGUUCAAUUGAAUUUAGCAAAAUAUAAGAAAACAAUGUUAAUUAGUCUUACACAGAUUGCUAUUGUAUUCAACACUUUUUGUACCAGAAAUACUUUAAUGCUUACUGAAGAUGCAGAGGACUUAUUAUUGCCUUUGUACUAUUUGCACUUAUGCUCAUCAAUUUGUAUAUAUGGGAUGUGUACAAUUUUUACAAUGUUUA